GGCAAUUAGAAAACCCGCGUAAUAGAUCCUUUAUAAAUCCUCUUCUCCCUCGACUCUCCCCAGACGCAGCUAUCUACACGAGUCUACCGAAAACCCAAAGCCCUAAGAAAGCCUCAGCAGAAGAGCUGCUCUCUCACCAUGGCCAACCCUAUGGCGCGUUCAUUCCUCCAAGCUGCUUCUACGGAGGAGACCGCUUCUCCGUUGCGGGUCGUUCAGAUCGAAGGGCUGGUUAUUUUGAAGAUUAUCAAACACUGCAAGGAGUUUUCGCCUGCUCUAGUUACAGGACAACUUUUGGGAUUGGAUGUUGGUAGUGUUCUUGAGGUUACCAACUGUUUCCCCUUCCCGAUUCGAGAAGAGGAUGAGGAAAUUGAAGCAGAUGGGGCUAAUUAUCAGCUUGAAAUGAUGAGAUGCUUGAGAGAGGUCAAUGUUGAUAAUAACACGGUUGGUUGGUAUCAGUCUACUCUUUUGGGAUCUUUUCAAACAGUGGAACUAAUAGAAACCUUCAUGAAUUAUCAGGAGAAUAUUAGACGAUGUGUCUGCAUUAUAUAUGAUCCAUCAAGGUCCAAUCAAGGUGUUCUGGCUCUAAAGGCCUUGAAGCUCUCAGAUUCCUUCAUGGAUCUUUACCGCAAUAACAAUUUUACAGGAGAGAAGCUGCGGGAGAAAAACUUGUCAUGGGUGGAUAUCUUUGAGGAAAUUCCUAUUAAAGUUUCUAAUUCUGCGCUUAUCAGUGCUUUUAUGACCGAGCUAGAAGCUGACACUCCUGUUACCCAGUGUGAUUAUGAUCGUCUGUCAUUGUCAACUAAUCCAUUUAUGGAGCAGAAUGUGGAAUUUUUGAUUGAAUGCAUGGAGGAUCUUUCCGUGGAACAACAGAAGUUCCAAUUCUAUUACCGAAACCUCUCUCGUCAACAAUCCCAACAACAGGCAUGGCUUCAAAAACGAAGGGCCGAGAAUAUGGCACGGAAGGCUGCAGGAGAAGAACCGUUGCCUGAGGAGGACCCAUUGAAUCCCAUCUUUAAACCAGUUCCCGAGCCAUCACGACUGGAUAGCUUUCUCAUAACAAAUCAAAUCUCUAACUACUGCAACCAGAUCAAUGGGGUGGCAGGCCAGAGUUUCAGCAGAUUAUAUUUAAUGAAGGCUUUGCAUGAUGACUGAAUCCAAAGCCCAAGGUAAAAACCUGUUGUCUCUAUACAGAAUCCACACUGCAUUUGCAUGCAGGACACGCUCUUGGGUCUUGAUGGCAAGUGUGAUCAAUCUUGGGUCUUGUACUUCUGUUGUUUUGAUAGCAGCAUUGCGCAAUUUUGGAGGGUUUUAACAACAGAUGGAUGAGAUUGAUGGGUUUUAUUUCUUUUCUUUUCUUUUUUUUUUUGGAUUAUUUUUGUCAUUGCAAAACAUACGGAUAGCAUGUCUCCUUUUCUUAUAUGAAUGAAUUGGUUGGAUCGAACAUUUAGCUUCUUAUAUGACACAAUGUAUUAAAAUCUGCUUCAAUUUUAUAUUGUAUCUUGAUUUUGAUUCA